AUGGCGGAUUCCAACCCUGUUCAAGAGGCUACGGCCUCCAUUGCCAACCUUCUUCUCGAUGAGGUCACCGGCGAGAAAGUCUCCAAGACUGAAUUGAAGAGACGCCAGAAGCAGCGUGAGAAGGAUGCCAAGAAGAAGGAGAAGGAGGCCGCUGCUCCUCCCAAGGCUGAAAAGAAGACAUCCGCUGAGGAAGAGGAGGCCAACUUGACUCCUAACCAAUACUUCGAGAUUCGUUGCAAGAAGAUCAACAAGCUGCGCGAAACCAAGCAGCCGGAUCCCUACCCACACAAGUUCCACGUCGACACUGACCUCCGCAACUUCGUUAAGGAGUACGAUGGUCUCCAGAAGGGCGAACAGAAGUCCGAUGUUACCGUUCGCGUUGCUGGCCGUAUCUAUACCAAGCGUACCUCAGGUAACAAGCUGAACUUCUACGACAUCCGCUCAGAGGGUGUCAAGGUCCAGGUAAUGUGCCAAGCGCAAUUUGCCACCGGAAAGCCCUUCGAGGAACAGCACGAGCACCUUCGCAGAGGUGAUAUUGUGGGCAUCGUCGGUUUCCCUGGACGAACCAACCCUAAGAACCGUGACGAUGGUGAACUUUCUAUCUUCGCCACUGAAGUUGUCCUCCUGACCCCUUGCCUGCACGCCAUUCCUUCGGAGCACUACGGCUUCCAGGACAAAGAGCAGCGUUUCCGCCAGCGCUACCUGGAUCUCAUUAUGAACGAUCGGUCACGUGAUGUCCUUAUUACUCGAUCUAAGAUUGUUUCCUACAUUCGCCAGUACUUUGAAAAGCGUGAUUUCAUUGAGGUUGAGACUCCUUUGAUGAACGCUAUUGCUGGUGGUGCUACAGCUAAGCCCUUCAUAACCCACCAUAAUGACCUCGACAUGAACCUCUUCAUGCGUGUCGCCCCCGAACUCUACCUCAAGAUGCUAGUUGUUGGAGGUCUAAACCGUGUCUUCGAAUUGGGUAAGCAACUAAGAAACGAAGGAAUUGACCUUACUCACAAUCCCGAGUUCACCACCUGUGAGUUUUACCAGGCGUAUGCGGAUGUGUACGACCUGAUGGAAACGACCGAGGACCUCGUUUCGGGUCUGGUCAAGCACGUGACUGGAGGUUACGAGACAGUAUUCCACACCCAGUCUGGCGAAACCUACAACGUGAACUGGAAGGCGCCCUGGCGGCGUGUGGAGAUGAUGCCUGCUUUGGAGGAGGCCUGCGGCGAAAAGUUCCCUCCUGGUGAUCAGCUCCACACCGCGGAGACCAACGAAUUCCUCAAGCGCAUUCUGAAGAAGAUGAACUUCAUUGAGAACACUUGCAUCAACCCCACUUUCAUCACUGGUCACCCCCAGAUGAUGUCGCCACUGGCCAAGAAACACCGACACAUUACCGGUCUGUGCGAGCGUUUCGAAGCCUUCGUUUGCACCAAAGAGAUCACAAAUGCUUACACGGAGUUGAACGAUCCCUUCGACCAGCGUAUGCGCUUCGAAGAGCAGGCCAACCAGAAGGCCCAGGGUGAUGAUGAGGCUCAGAUGAUUGAUGAGAAUUUCUGUCAAUCCCUCGAGUACGGCCUGCCCCCGACUGGUGGCUGGGGUAUGGGAAUUGAUCGCCUGGUCAUGUUCCUUACCGACAACUACAGCAUCAAGGAGGUGAUGACUUUCCCCAUGAUGAAGGAGGACAAGACCGCCGCCGAACCGAAGACUGCUGCCGAAGUCGCCGGUAUUGAGCCCAGCCCCGAGGAAGGAAUCCGUAUGUUAUUAAUAUCAGCAAAUUUCCACGAGCCGAUAUCACUGACAAUGACUAUACAGCCCACAAAUGAAUAA